AGAUACAUCGGCCUGGGACUGGCCAUGACGUCCAGUUUAGCCAUCGGCACGAGUUUCGUCAUAACGAAAAAGGGUCUCAACCAAGCGGAAGAGAGGCACGGUUUUGAAGGCGAUGGCUUCAUAUACCUACGAAACCCGAUGUGGUGGGCCGGUAUAUCCACACUGGUCAUCGGCGAGAUAUGUAACUUCGCAGCAUACGCCUUCGCACCAGCCAUCCUUGUUACACCACUGGGUGCACUGUCUGUUUUGAUAGGCGCAGUACUGGGAUCAUACUUCCUCAACGAGGAGCUGGGGAUACUAGGAAAGCUGGGGAGCGCUAUCUGCCUCAUCGGUGCCGUCAUUAUUGUCCUUCAUGCUCCGCCAGAUGAGGAUAUCGAGACCAUCGAGACGAUCCUCUCGUAUGCGCUGAAGCCUGGUUUCCUGAUCUACGCAAUAUCGGUGACGGCCUUUUCCGUAUUCAUGAUCUACAAGAUCUCGCCCGUCUAUGGAAAGCAGAACCCGCUUGUCUACCUCAGCAUCUGCUCCCUGGUGGGAUCAGUCUCAGUCAUGGCCAUCAAGGCUUUUGGUAUCGCCCUGAAGUUGACAUUUGCCGGUCACAACCAGUUCACACAUGCCUCGACAUAUGUGUUCAUGAUCAUUACCGCAGUGUGCAUCCUGACGCAGAUGAACUACUUCAACAAGGCACUCAGCCAAUUCCCAACCAAUAUCGUCAACCCCCUCUACUACGUCACCUUCACGACGGCAACCCUGUGUGCGUCUUUCAUCCUCUUUAACGGCUUCAACACCUCGGACCCUGUCAACACGCUCUCGCUCCUGUGCGGUUUCCUCGUCACCUUCACGGGUGUGUACCUUCUGAACCUCUCGCGUCGCGACCCGAAUGGCUUUAAGAUGAUCUCGGGGCGGGGCGGCAACGAUGCCAUCGGCACGGAUAUGGUCUCGCAGAUCCAGACGCGCAUGAGCAUGGAGGCGCGGCGCAGCUUCGGGACGCGGGGAAGCACCGACCGCGAGGGCCAAGGCCUGAUUCGGGCGUACGACGAGGAGGCGGCUGCCGAGUUCGGGCUCACAGACCUCACGGAGGACAGCGAUGACGAGGGCAGCAGCGGCCGGAUGCCGCAUCAGAACGGCUCGGCCGAGCCCAACGGCAAUGGCAAGACGAAGACGUCGGCCGAGAUGCAAGCGCCUAAGUCAGGGGAGAGAUAACGUCUGUUCGUGCGCCUGUCUUGUUGCGCGUUUUGUUGCGCGUCUGUGUAAAAAAAAAAAAAAAAAAACAUUAAAUGAAAAGAAAAAGAAAGGCAAGAGGCUACGAUGUGUAUGACGGGCCUUCAUGGAUAUGAGGCUGGGAUUUGUUUUGGGACUGGUUGACAUCUUUGGGGGUUGUUAGAACGGAGUCCGGGUCGGCAGGCAGGCAUUCUCCGGGUCGUUUCUGGCUGCAUCCCCUCCCCCCCCCCCCCAACCUUAUUUGUGCCGAAUUCUCCGACCUGUAUAUUUCACUUGCAUUUGCUUCAAGCGUGGCCGUCUGAGGGUAUUCUACCAGGUGCCCGUUGUUGUGACGAAGGGUUCGAAGAAACAAAUCAUCAUCAGCCUUUGGCCAAGCAGAUUUGUGCCAAUGGAAUAAAUGGUUGCCAAGAUGCGCGCAUACACACACACACACAGGCACACCCAGUCAACAGGAGACAGCAACGGGGCCGGUGGGUAUGAUUGCGACGAAAAGAGCGAGAAUCGACAGUUCUCUUGGGGCUAUCAACAGAGGACACAUACAGGCUUUCCCCCAAAGUAUCUUUGGCGCCGUCACGUGUCGUAUGGACUGUGUAAUAGGUAUGGGUUAAGAUAUCAUGGGCACAGGAGGCCCGCCGGUCCCUUUCAAGUUGGGAGUCGGAGUCUGGGAGACGGGCGGUCGGCGAAAAUGGCAUCAGCGAGGGCCUGUUCAUGACGCCCGCAUCAGUUCAUAAGAAUUUUUAUACGAAGAAUAUGUGCUGCUGCAUCUAAGUUGAGACUACUUUACUUAGACCAAGCUGGACUUUUGGCAUCCC